UUGUGGUUGUGUGUGGAUCGUUUGUGUUGUGCAUAGGCGAAAUGGGAUAGAUCUUACGUACUGUACCAAUUAUCGGCGUUAUUUUGAUCAGGCACUGGUUAGCUAGAAAUCGACACAAGAGCCAGUUCUGUUUUCUGCAUUUUGAGUUUCAAGGACCGUCACUGUGUUUAGAAAUAGGAUUUAUUGUCCCGACCACAGUGUAUAUAAAUAUAUGUCCCGACUAAAAGCGGCCAUGUCGGACCUGUGGCGCGGUUCGGUGCUCUUCUCGUGGGGCUGUGUGGCCACGGCUGUGCUGCGGCUGAUGCGCGCCUCCUGGCACGCCCGCGAGGAGCCGCUCGACUGGGCGGCGCUCCUCCGCUGGAGUCUGCUGGUCGCACCGCUCGCCGGCGUCGCCGCCAUUAUCGUCGGUCUGGCGUACCCGCUGUUCGACCGGUGGCUCAACUCCCAGCCGGCGUCGGGCCGCGACUGGGCCUCUGUCACGCGCUGUCUGGCCCUCUUCGUCGGCAUCAACCACGCCAACAGCCGGUUCCACUUUGCCACGGACGCCGAGCUGGCGUGGACGCUGGCGCUGCUCAGCCUGGCGCUCUGGUGGACGUUCGACCGCACCACGUGCGGCUUUGUGAUCGCCUCGCUGGCGGCCGCUGUGGCGCACGUGGUCGCCUAUUAUCUGGUGCUGCGGCUGGUCUUCAGUCACAGCGAGUCUUCUCUGGAGCUGACCCGCCUCAAAGCGUGGUUCCCUUUCGUCGCCUUUUCCGCCGGCAUUACGAUUGGCAGUGUUGGCCGCCAGCUGGCAGCGCCGCGCAGCGGGCCCAAGCUGCACUGUGACUGAGCCGCGCGCCGCCAGAUAGCAGGCGCGUCGGCCGCGGCACUGCCAGCACCAACAGCGUUUGGACUCGGUCGAUUGGAGUUGUAUUGAUUGUGUGAGUGCACACCACCUUCAGUGCUGGCUCACCUCCCCAUCAUGUGAUACCAUAUGUGCAGGGUAGUGGCAGAGCAUCGCUUUUUACGUUUGAUUUUUGUGCAAUCGCCGUUGUGCGACCCGGACGCGGACUUUGAGGUGUGGCAUGGAGCGGGCAUCCGUUCAGUAGGUCCGGUGAUGUCCCGCAGCCACGUGCGUUCGUGCAUAUUGGACCUCUGUGUGUUUUGGACUCUGUGAUAGGUGUGUACUGUAUAGAGAAGUGCGGAAAGAAGUGGUGGCACUUGCCGCCCUGUUUGUUGCACCGUUUGAACUGAUGCUCACCACAAUGACCAGUAUCAUUAGAUGUCGAGAAAAUGACGUCAUGCUGUGCUCGUGCUGUCUUAUGGAAGAACGAACGCGAAGACAGCAGCUUCGGACUGUCCGGACAGUGUUUUAUUUCAGGGGAUAACUGUUGUGUUGAUGCGGCGGCGUAGGUUCGUAGAAUUCUGACGCAAUGUUUUGACGUGACAAACCGUAAUAAUACGUGACGGAGCGCAAUAUGUGUGGCAAGUAACAUGAGUUAACACUGUGUGGUUUGUGAGAAGUGAGACGCAUGCACAGUGUCGGCACAAAAGGACUGGGAAGAACCUAGCCGAUACUGGUAUAAUAAUGAUAACGUGCUUGAAAGUUUGUCUCACAUUGGUAACGAGAAAACGUGAUGGAACCCGACUGCGUAGAGGUUUUCUGUUACAGAUUGUACAUUGCCGGCUAUCACUAACAUUUACUCUUCUUAUCCCUUGGCUUUUUUUCGGUGUUCUGCGAAAGUUCUGUGUUAGAUUGGCUGUGUGAGUGAAGAGAAUGUGUGCUUUAUUCCCACGGUGUCUGCUUUCGUACUGAAAUAUGCGUGUGGUAUGUACAGUU